GCAAUUGAUAAAAGGUAUUGGAACGAUACUGUAAUCUUUGCAGACCAUCUUUGCAUGUACUCCUAUACAUAAUUUAAAAAAAAAGAAUGCCACCAGAUACAUCCAUCACAACACCACUUGCAGUGUCUCAAAUCCCAAAUUCAGAUCAGCAUCACGUGAUACAUAAUGAUCCCCCGUAACAUCACGAAGACCAACCAACUCCAUACGCCGCCAACGACCAGAAAUCAAUUCCAGCCAACCAAAGAGGAAGCAAAAAAGAAACAAUCCACCAAAUCCAUUUCACAACUCCCCAAACCACGCCAAAACUCUCACAGCACCCACACCUCAAACCCUCAAAAAUGGCACCCGCGCUUCUCCAAUCCAUCCCCCUAGAGCAUCUCCCCGAAUCGCAUACCCUCCACAUCGCCCUAUACCGCAACCUCACCAACGCCUCUUUCCUGCACCAACAACUGCUCACCGGAAACACCGAUUUUGAAUAUGCGUUUAUCGAUGCGAGCGUUGUCCUUUCGAAAUUACAUAUUUUAGCAGCGGCAUACAGGGCGAUAAAUGAUGCGUUGGAAGAAAGAUUGAAGAGUCGAAAUAUUCAUUCGGAAAUUGUCUUUUCGCUGAGUAUGAAUAAUAAUAUCGCAGAAUCUUUCCGUCGCUUCGGUAUAACCCCUUCCACCACCUCACUCCUAGUCGUCAAAGUAGCACCCGCAUCCUCCGCAUCUCAAAUCUCGGAACAUCUUUCGUCUGUAGUUGAAGGCGAACCUGUUCCGUUUGAUGAUGAGUCUCUAGCAAGUAUGGUAGAUAUUGCGAGGGUGAAGAAACUUUACAAGUUGAAUGCUCUUGGUGGUGGUGGGAAGAAAAGUGGUGCAAAUGGUGUCAGUGGAAAAGCUGAGAAUAAAUUGGACGAGAGGAAAGAAUUGGAGAUUAUGGUUCUGGGGGCGAUGGCAUUGAGGGGUGCUACUAAUUAGAUAGGUCUGGUGGAAGAAUGAAAUGAAUUUUAAUUCUGGUAUUCGGGUCGUUUUCUUCUGAAUAUCGGUUCUUUCGAUGUGAAUUCUCA